AUUUACCGUAGUCAGCAACGAUGGCUUCCCGUUCAAAUUCUUUGCCGCUUGUAGUGGCCCGUUUCUUACUUGCGUGCCCGUUCCUCGUGGCCUCUGUAAUGACAUUUACUUUGCUUCACAAGAAAGAGACCUCAGGGAAUGUAGUAGAUCAGCUGUCCCCGAUUACACAGGCUCUCGGUGAAAUGGGGAAGGAUUUGCCCAAGGAGAAGCUCGCAGUGCUGCUGGCAGUCAUGCAAGGCAUUGGUGGCUAUCUUAUGGUCUUCAACCAUAAGUUCGGUGGCUUGUUACUGAUGACCUACCUGCUGCCGGUCACGGUUCUCAGCCACCAAUUCUGGAAGGUGGACCCAAGCAACUUCCAGGAGCAGCUGGACGUGUUGGGCCAAUUCCUCAAGAACAUCGGCCUCAUGGGCGGCAUCCUUGCCUUCAUGGCUUCAACGGACGAGGUGCCCCUCAAGGUCAAGCGCAAGGACCAUAUGGAGUGAAACCGCUGCCUGCUGUAUGUACCGCAGCCCGUGCAACUUGCAUGGAGCAGCUUGCAGUUAGUAACAAGUUUCAUUUAAUGCCGAGACUCAGGCUUGACGCAAGCAAGGGGCGUUUUAUGCGUAUCAUACACCUGUAGGCACGUUGGCAUGGCAUUGUCCUCGUAGGGAAAGGGCCCUUUAUAUGCCCUUCGUAUUGGGAUGGACACAAUAGAGAAAAUACGACACUACGGUUAGCCGCAUGGCUGCCACGCGGGCUUUGCUUCGGGCUGGAGGCAACCCAGGAGCUGAGUGCGGCCGCGUGGCCUCCCUGCAUGGCUGCCAGCAUCGUUGGCUAGGGGGCGGGAUAAGAGGUUGUUGCCUUUCGUGCUGAAGUUGUGACUGAACAGGCAGUUCACAAUACCCAGCGAAAGGAGCAAGCACGUCUUAAAAAUCAUGAUGUAAUUCUGCAGGCAUU